AUGCUGUUCUUCAGCUUCUUCAAGACGCUGGUGAACCACGAAGUCACGGUCGAGCUGAAAAACGACAUUUCGAUCCGCGGGACGUUGAAGAGCGUGGAUCAGUAUCUUAACAUCAAGCUGGAUGAUAUUUCGGUGGUGGAGGAGGUGAAGUAUCCGCAUUUGAGCUCGGUCAAGAAUGUCUUCAUCAGAGGAAGCGUUGUGCGAUAUGUUCAUCUGCCCGCGGCUGCGGUAGACACGCCGCUGUUGGAGGAUGCUACAAGGCGAGAGGCAUCACAAGCUUCAGCAAAGGCGAAGCAGGGCUGA